AGCGAGCACUUCUUCAUGAAUGAAGGAAAGCUUUUAGUGUUAUUCGCGCCACCACCAAGUCACAAGUUGAAUGGACUUGGCAAUGAAACGCGCUCAUCAGUUUUGCGGACCCACUCGCGAGUGUUGUAAACGCCGCUUUCGAGUCCACACGAGCGGUUUUUUCGCCAAGAUUUAAACUCUGUUGGUAGUUGUGGAGAAAAGUGACUCGUUUUUAAUUUUCGAUUUUUUUUACGGAUUUAGUGUUAAAUAAGUUUUGUUUCAAACUUUUUCGAAUAGUGUUAGGUGUAUCUUGGAGCGACGAUGACUUCAGGACCGGUCUAAUGACUUUUUGCAACAUAGCUGGAAAUCAAGCGGUAAAAUAGUCAAGAUAAUCUGGACCUAUUGGGCCCCAAUAAAGCCAUCAGAGCCCACUUUCAAUAGCCGUCAGUGAUAUACAGGUUUCCCAAAGGAUCUGCGCCUCCAUUAACUCAGAAUCCACGCCUCGGCUUUAGGGAAGUAAUCCAAGCUAAGUCACAUGUACAAGCUGAGCCCACCCGACAUGGCUUCAGAAAAUGCUACACGUGUUUUUGAAAGCAGAGUCGAUAACAGCACCAGUAGCAGAGAUGAAAAUUUGGCAAGAGUGGAAGUGGCAACAUUGGCGAUCAUUUUUCUUGUUACUGUGAUUGGGAAUAGCACGGUGCUGCUGGCCCUGUGGACCAGAAGAAGAUACGCCGGCCGAAAGAAAUUAUCUCGAAUGUACUUCUUUAUCCUGCAUCUGAGCAUCGCCGAUCUGAUAACGGCAUUUCUGAGCGUCCUUCCCCAGCUGGCGUGGGAUAUCACCUACAGAUUCUACGGCGGCUUCUUCCUGUGCAAGCUCGUUAAGUAUGGGCAGACAUUGGGGCCAUAUUUAAGCUCGUACGUCCUCAUGGCGACGGCGAUUGACCGUCACCAGGCCAUCUGCUACCCCCUGACGUACUGCUCGUGGACUUCCAGGAGGUCUAAAGUCAUGGUGUACUUCGCGUGGAUCGCCAGCCUAGCCUUCUGUAUUCCGCAGCUGACAAUUUUCACAUACACUGCGGUAGGAGAAAACCAAUAUGACUGCUGGGCUACCUUCCAGGAACCGUGGGGAGAGAAAGCUUACGUCACAUGGUACAGCAUUUCGGUAUUCAUGAUCCCCCUCGUGGUCCUAAUAUUCACAUACACAUCCAUCUGUAUCGAGAUCUGGCACAGCUCGGAGUCCAGCCUGCGCCCCAGAAGCUCCCAGAAAUCCGCCCCCGGCAAGAAAACCCCUUUGAUCUCUCGAGCGAAGAUUAACACUGUCAAACAGACAAUUGCAGUUAUUGUAAUGUAUAUAGCUUGCUCCUCCCCGUUUAUCCUGGCUCAGUUGUGGGCCGUCUGGGAUCCCAAGAGCCCCUUAUUUAUUGAAGGUCCCGUGUUCGUAAUCUUAAUGCUCCUAUCCUCGUUAAACAGCUGUGUAAAUCCAUGGAUUUAUCUAGCAUUCAACAGAGAAUUGCCGCGUCUCCUCCUCAGGCACUACACCGCCUCCAGCAAGAAUUACAGAACAGCGACAGGAGGUAACAGUGCAAGUAACUCCUCAGGUGACGCCCAGAGCACCUCGCUGCGGCCAUUCUCGAGAUGGUCGCUGUGCAACAGCGCUAGAUCAAAUAAGUAUCCCUCGCGUGUGUCUCACAGGCCCUACGUUGCUCAAUACAACGCCAGACGAUGGGUAGUCACAACGACCACCUGAAAUAUGGAGGCUGGUGGUUGCUACAACGUUACCAACCACGACAAGGACGACAUUUCAGGCUCUUCGCUGAUCGAGAUUAGUGAACUGACCACCGAACUGACCGAACUGGAAGUUACUGAAACUGUGAUGUGACAACAUACGAUUACAAACUAGCUACUUGUACCUGAUAGGGAUUAAGUUAAUUUAAAAACUGCGAUGAAGUAACGUUUGCCGGUUUAAAGCUGUGAAGAACUCACUAGUGUUGUUAGUAGAUUGACUUUUGAAAUGCUUGAGCGCUUGGAAUUUGUCUAUUUUAUAAAUUUCAAUUUAACGAUGUAGUUUUGUAGUACGUAUUGCUUAAGCGGAGUCGAUUUAAAGAGAUAGGUUUUCGAAUUCUAUUCGCUAAGCAUACUUAAAGUUACCAAAUCCAUUUCUGUCCACUCCGUGUGUGUAAUUUUAUACCUCUGAAUUUCUGAUGUGAUACUUGUUGAACCAGUUAUAAAUUUAUUACUGUUCCUAGGCUAUGUCAUCUUGUGAGAUAUUGAAAUGUAUUUUGUAAAACGUUACAUGAU